AUGAUGCUAAACAUCUCAAGGUCCCCGACGGUGCUACUCCCAGAAGAGCAUGGAGAGCCUGGAACCCAAUGGGGGGGGGGGGUAUCCCCCCGUCCUUCUCUUUCCCCUGGCAAGUCCAGCAGCAGCACUGACCAACUCAGACACGUCUGUAACAACAGGGACUUGGCUUAUAGCUCCUCCUUCUCCCAGUUCUACAGUUCUCCAGGCUCCCUAAAAACUCCCUUCAUAGAGGAAUAUUUGCUUACUGCGCUAGAGAAGAGUCCAGAAAAUAGCCCUCUGGUGUAGCCCAAGCAGAAUUACACCCAGAAGGCCCAACCUUUCCAACCUCUGCCGCUGAUGGGCAUCCACCUGGUACCCUCCCUGGAGGCACACUUUGCCCAGGUGCCCCAGCCUCCCACGAGUAGUAACAGCAGCACACUCCACCUUGCAUUGGCCAAGCAAAGUGGACAUACAGUUCCUUGGGAAGCUUGUGACAAGAUGGCCGCCCUUGAUGAGAACGGAAACCAAAAUACAUCUAGAAGGCCUGAGUUUGCCUUCGAUGAGCCCCUAGAAUAUGACUCAAUGUCCUCAGUAGAGAGGAAACCUGAAACUUUAGCCAAAUGUAUCUCCCACAAAGUCUACUUCUCUUCCCUACCUGAAAACGAAGAUAAUACCUCUCUAAAGAGACAUCCCACACCUCUCCAACGUAACAGCUCAGAUUUCAGUGAGAGAAAGGGCACCCAGGGCAAGACAUCAUAUAGCAAUUCCCACAGCCUCAAACCCCCUCAGCAAGUGGGUGAAGAUAAGGGAUCUUCCAGGAUCUCAGGGCCUUGGGAGGACGAUCUCCACAAAGACCACAGAAGGCUAGAGAGAGAAGGCCUAGUCCAGAGCCUGUCGAGCAACUGUGGCGGGACCAAGGCAGCCUUUUCCUCUCUCCACAACAUUCCUGGAAGUCUAAAGCAAAACAGACUGGGGCUAGGAGGGGGAGCCCAGGAGGGCUACCCUGGAGGCCUGCCCACCUGUCCAGCCAACGCCCAGGCAGAGGACUCUGGAAGGAAAGCUGUGACUGAUCACAGGAGCCUGGUGGACAGACCAGUUUCCUAUCCAAGGUUUGAGGGGAGAACCCGCACCUUGGUCACUUUCCUACCAUCCAGACCCCAGGUAGAGGAGCCACCCUGCCUGCCACACCAGCACACAUCCACUCUGGGGGGAGCAGGCUCUGCGGGGCUAUCCGUGCAGGGGACACCAUGCUGGGGGCUGGAGGUUUCCAAGAUGGAGCAGCAGAAGCAAGGAAGCCGGCCCCCGAGGGUGGGCAGCUUCCAUUACAGCCACAACCACAGGCCCAACAGGGCCCUCCCAACUCCCAAUACCUUGGGAGGUGACUUCAAGGACACAAAUACCAAUAUCUGGUUUUCUGAAUUCCCUGAAGCCCUAGACAGUUGUGGAUUUUCAACUACUUCUUUGAGAACUGUCCUCAAUUUUUUACCCUUUAAACUAAGCCCUAUCUGUCAUAUUGAGAUAAUGUUGGCUUUUGUGGUUAUCAUCAGAGAAGCAAAGUUAACAACUUUUGAGUCAUUGGGAACCAGUAUUCAUGGAGCGCACAAUGAAGAUGCUGGAGGAGCAGAUUUUCAGAAUACCAUACUCCACCAUUCUGGAAGUGAGAUAUCCACACCUACAAUGCUUAGAAAAAAAAGAUUAAAAGUUUAUACAGAGGUCUUAAUGGGAUUCGAUCACAUAUUCAGUCCAGAUGGUCUCAAGAACACCUUGCGUUCUCGAGGAUACAUUCUUGGAAAUGGCUCCCACAAUGGGAAGGACAUAAAAUCCAAGGACAGGGUUACUUCAGUGAACAAAUCAAAGUACACUUGGUGGAAGGUCGAAACCACCACUACAAGCAGUGAGAUAAAGCCACCAAAGAGGCAACAGUGGAGUAUGAGUGAAGAGGCUCGUCAUAAGUCCUGUAUUCCCAGUGCUUUAGCAGAAAGGAAAAGAUGGUCAAUUCUUCCAGCAGAGAAGAUGGUCAUAAAAGAAGUAAUAGAGGAUGUGAGGUUUUUACUGAAUCCUUCCAGAGGUAGGCACGAUGUUGUCAACUGUUACAGAAGAAGAAAGCAACAAAGAGGUAGAAAUAAGUUGCCCAAGGACACAAGCUGGAAGUGGAUCCGUAGAAGUUUGAAUAGGAAUUCUGCAAAGUCUGUGCUUUGCAACAGCAAUGAUAAAGGCACUGCCUUCUGGGAGAGUCUGGCCUCCUUUGAAGGCAAGCCUCAGAGCGUGGUUCAAUGGUGGGAGAAGAGGCUGGCACGAUCCGGUGUGGUGCUCCAGCAUGUACAUUUUCUUGGAAGCUCCUUGGGGAAGGCUGAGACAUCCCCUGAUGCAGACCAACCAGAACGAGAAUGGAAUCUGAUCUGGUUCUGGACUCCCCCACGAGCGAAUACACGCCCACCUUUCAGAGAGUACUCCCUGCUUCAGAAAACUGAGAGCACCUCGCUAAUAUCUCCACCUGAGACUGUCUCUAAGUCUAAACCUUUACCCGGGGUUGUGCUUUUGUGUCUGCCUGUGCACACAGGGACGAUCCUAUCCCCUGAUUCAUAUGCCAUAUGCCCUUCUGAGGUAGGUGGUCCAUCCAGCAAAUCCAAACAGGAAGAGUGGCGCAUCUUCUAA